GCAGAGGCGGCCCCAGGCCCGGCCCACAUCCCCGGGCUCCCGUAGGGCGGCGGGCUGGGCCGCGCAGGCCGGGCGGGCGGCGAGCGCGCUUACGUGAGGCCGGGGAUUCGCCGGCCCACGCCAGGCCGCGGGCGGAGAAUGAAAGGAUGAGAAAAUUGACCAUAUUUGAGCCCCAUCCCUGAUUCCUCCCAGAGGCAAUGAGUGAUCUCUCCGCUGCAUAAACUACCCUUAACCCUUUCAAAUAAAUCAGACAAUCUGCUUCUUCUUGGUUGAGCAGCAUCAAACUGUGGUACCCUGGGCUCUCCUCCUGUUGCUGUGGUGCGGAAGAUUUAAGAUCAGCUGAUGUUCACAAGGAAUAGAGUCACGUGAUGUAUGAAGGGAAACAUAUACACUUCUCUGAGGUUGACAAUAAGCCCUUGUGCUCAUAUAGCCCCAAACUGUGCAAGCAGCGGCGACUCAACGGCUACGCUUUCUGUAUCAGACACGUUCUGGAAGACAAGACUGCCCCCUUCAAGCAAUGUGAAUAUGUGGCCAAGUAUAACAGCCAGCGCUGCACCAACCCCAUUCCCAAGUCAGAGGAUCGCAGGUACUGCAACAGCCACUUGCAGGUACUCGGCUUUAUCCCGAAAAAAGAGAGGAAGAAAAAGAAUGACCCGGUAGAUGAGGUGAAGGUCAGGCACCAGAUGGACGCCAUGGCGUUUAGCCUGACGGUACCUACCCUGGCCUUGAAGAUGCCCAAUGGACUGGAUAGCAUGUCCCUCUCUCCCCCAGGGGCAAGGGUUCCUCUCCACUACCUGGACACUGAGUUGGAAGACCCCUUUGCUUUCAACGAGGAAGACGAUGACCUAAAGAAAGGGGUGACUGUGAGAAAAAAGUUGCAGAGCAAGUUGGCUCAGAACCGGCAACGCCAGAGAGAGACAGAGAUUUUAAAAGUUCGGCAAGAGCACUUUAGCACCCCUCCCACACCUCCACAGCAGCACGCCCACCUGUCACCUCUAUCUACUUCUUUAAAACCUCCAGCACCACCACAGGGUUCAGUCUGCAAGUCACCUCAGCCUCAGAACACCAGCCUACCAAUGCAGGGAGUGGCCCCCACCACACACUCUAUAGCACAAACCAGGCAGGCCUCUCACAAGAGGCCUCUGCCCCUCCUUCCCUCCAGUCGAGCUCCCAUCUCAGAUGCCCCCAGGACUGACCGACUCCUCAUGAAAGCCACCGCCUUCUCUCCACACUUCUCUUGUAUAAGCCGCCUGCAGAGACUGGUGAAACUGUGUACCCACAAGCAUCAGCUGGACACGGACCUGUUUCCUCAUUUAGGGUUGGACUGGUCUGAGGAGAGCGGAGAGGAGUUGGAGGACGCAGAUCAGGCUUCGCCGUAUCAGGUCGCAUGGUCCAUCCGAGAAACCCUCAGACAUGAAAGACACACGUCAGACGACGACGACACGGAGAGCAGGAGCUCCAGGGUGACCCAACUUUGCACUUACUUUCAGCAGAAAUACAAGCACCUCUGCCGCCUGGAGCGGGCAGAGUCUCGACAAAAGAAAUGCCGGCAUACAUUUAGGAAGGCGCUGCUGCAGGCUGCCAGUAAGGAGCCCGAAUGCACUGGUCAGCUGAUACAAGAACUGCGGAGAGCUGCGUGCAGCCGAGCCAGCCUUCGCCAGACCAAGUUGAAGGAGGUGGAGCCAGCAGCAUGCAGUGGAACAGUGAAGGGCGAACAGUGCACAAAGCAGGCCCUUCCCUUCACCAGACAUUGUUUCCAGCACAUCCUCCUGAACCGCUCUCAGCAGCUGUUCUCCAGCUGCACUGCCAAGUUUGCAGAUGGACAGCAGUGUUCUGUGCCAGUGUUUGACAUUACACACCAGACGCCCCUGUGUGAAGAACAUGCCAAAAAGAUGGACAAUUUCCUGAGAGGAGAUAACUCCCGUAGAGUUCAGCACCAGCAACAGAGGAAACCUAGGAAAAAAUCGAAGCCCCCUGCACUUACCAAAAAACACAAGAAGAAGAGACGGCGGGGGCCUCGUCGGCCCCAGAAACCCAUCCCCCCUGCAGUGCCCCAAGGGAACCUCAGCAUGCCCACCAGCGUCUCACUGCCAGUGGAGGCCUCACAGAUGCGAAGUCCUUCCACGCCCGAGCUGAGUGCUGAUGAGUUGCCGGAUGACAUUGCCAACGAGAUGACUGACAUUCCGCACGACUUGGAAUUGAACCAGGAAGACUUUGCAGACGUCCUGCCUCGGCUGCCGGAUGAUUUACAGGACUUUGAUUUCUUUGAAGGAAAGAAUGGAGACCUCCUCCCGACCACCGAAGAAGCCGAAGAGCUUGAGCGGGCCUUGCAAGCUGUAACUUCUCUCGAGUGCCUGAGUACAAUUGGGGUACUUUCCCAGUCAGAUGGUGUGCCCGUUCAGGGGUUGUCAGAUAGAGGAAUGGGGGUGUUCUCCACGGGUACUGAUGCUUCUGGAAUCCAGUCCUUGAGUCGAGAAGUAAACACGGACCUAGGGGAGCUACUAAAUGGACGUAUAGUGCACGAUAGCUUUUCUAGUCUAGAGCUGGACGAGAACCUACUCCAUUCUGCUACUCUGUCCAACCCACCUACACCCCUGGCAGGGCAGAUCCAGGGGCAGUUCUCUGCCCCAGCCAGCGUUGGCCUUACUUCUGCCACUCUGCUCAGCCAGAGUGCACUUGGGGAGAGAGCCUUCCCAGGACAGUUUCAUGGCCUUCAUGAUGGCAGCCAUGCCUCCCAGAGGCCACAUCCUGCCCAGCUGCUGAGCAAGGCAGACGACCUUAUCACCUCACGACAGCAAUACAGCAGUGAUCAUUCACACUCCUCACCCCAUGGAAGCCAUUAUGAUAGUGAGCACGUGCCGUCGCCCUACAGUGACCAUAUCACCUCUCCCCACACAUCUUACUCUGGUGAUAAUAUGGCAGCUACCUUUUCGGCAGAGAUGCCCAUCAUGGCGCAGCACUUGCUCCCCACACAGCUCGAGGUGCCACUUGGAGGAGUGGUCAACCCCAGGACUCACUGGGGGAAUCUCCCCGUCAACCUUGGCGACCCCUCUGCAUUUAGCAACCUCCUCGGCGCGGAUGGACAUCUUCUUUCCACUUCCCUCUCCACGCCGCCCACCACGUCCAACUCAGAGACCACACAGCCUGCCUUCGCCACCGUUACCCCAAGCAGUUCCAGUGUGCUUCCGGGGUUACCCCAGACCAGCUUCAGUGGCAUGGGGCCUUCUGCUGAACUAAUGGCCUCCACCUCUCCGAAGCAGCAACUCCCGCAGUUCAGUGCAGCCUUCGGCCACCAGCUGAGUUCUCACAGUGGCAUUCCUAAGGACCUGCAGCCCAGCCACAGCUCCAUAGCCCCUCCUACAGGCUUCACUGUAACAGGUGCCACGGCUACAAGUACCAAUAAUGCAUCGCCCCCCUUCCCCACCCCUAACUGAGCGAGUCUGUGUACUGGCAGGCAAGUGGAACCCGGUGUUUUCUCUUUGUUUCCUCUUUUACAUCCUUCUCCCCUUUUCCUACAGAAGAUUUAAAAAUGACAUGGGGAUUAGAGGGACGCCCUUUCCCGGUUAACUGGUGGCCGUGCAGUGGACCUGGCGUCAGUGUUCACGCGUGCUCCUUAGCACUGGUGCUCAUUCCCUCCUGGCGGGUCCGUGUGGCCUGGCGGGCUUUUUGGUGGCUCAGCACAGUGACUGGGUAGGAUUGAUCAUUUUAUUUUUUAUUUUAAUUUUAUUAUUAUUUUUUAUUUCAGCAAGUCCUAGAAGUGGAAGAUACCUCAGAUUACCAGUGCCCUUUACUGUCUCCUAGUGUUGAGAUAAUGCUUCCCAUUCUCUAGCCAGGUUUCCCAUAGGCUGUUCUGGAUGGAGUGGUCCUGUUGAGACCCUGUGUAGCAGGUGGUGGACGGACACAAAUCGAAGCGCUGACCAACUGCCAAACACCACAGGGAGGCUAGGAUGCCCUUGCUAACUAUGAUCUGUUAGCUGGGAAGAACACAGUCUCCUAACUGCCUGGGCCUGCUUGUUCACCCCGUGGGUGUUGUGUGCAGUGCAGUAGCUCACUCCUUGUGGCUUGUCUUUCCUCAUUCCCAGAAUAAGCAUAAGGCUCGUCCCCCUUUUCUGUCUCUUACCUAGCAAGGUUCAUCCUUCUUCCUACUGAGUUGACUAAAGCAUCUUGAACAGAGAGGGGUGGUCUCAGAGUGGAAGCACCUUGCUAACUAAGAUCAGCCUGUGAGGAAAGGAGCUCCAGGACUGAGCUCAUGUCACAAUAGGGAGUGUCACCACAACCACCCACCCGCCCGCCCGCCCGCCCGACCUCUCUUCUUCCUUGUGCAUUUGUUUCAGAAUUCCCCACUCAUGGAACACAUUUGUAGGUAGUAAUGAAAGAAAAUGGUUUGGUAUGCAAAAGCAGGCUAAACCAGAUAGAUUUGAAAGCUGACGCUAGGCCUGUUUGGUCCAUCAUUGGCUCCUAGUUUUUACAUGUUUACAGUUGUGAUUCUUUGGUGAGAUUUGUGAACUGUGGAGGACAUGUGUAGAAUCCAUGUACCAGUUGUGAAGUGAUGUGUAAUAUCAGAAGGACACACAUUUUAACAAUUCUUUCAAAGCAGAAUUUGGAAAUUAGACAUAAUUUGACUUACUUUUAAAAUAAUUUAAGUACUUAGGAUGAAGUAAAAUUGGAUAUUUUUUUUUUAGUGUACCAAGGUUUAGGGUAAAACUCUUUGUGGGUAGUGCAGUAAGUUGGUGGCUGUGGACUGGUGUGAGGGGUUUCCUCUUGCCUGCCCGCCUGCCUUCCCCUCCCACAGCAGGGUGUAGCUUUAUGCUCUGCCUGGCUUUGCUGAUGGGUCCCUGUCCUUUCAUGUACCACUAGGUGUUCGUACCUGAGCUCAACCUAAUUUACAUAUGUAUAUUUUUAAAAGUAAGGCAACAUAUCUCUAAAUGAUGUGGUACAGUAAUUCUUUUGUCAGGGACUGUCUGAUCCUAACUCCUUCCUGCUAGGUAAAGGUUGGGAUGUGUUUUCCGACUUCUGCUGUGUGUGUUCUUCAUGCCAUGCUAUGUCUAACCAGGCCCUUCUGUUGAAGGCUUUUCAUUCUCUGCCUUGUGAAGGAAUGAUGGUGAUCAGCAGGCAUUCUGUAGAUACUAUGUGCCUGAGCUUUUGGAGGGGAAGUGUCACAUGAAAUCAUGAUAUGCCCUAUUUUGUAUUUACUGAAGUUGGGGAGGCAAAAUAGGUUUGUAUUUACUUUUUUUCCUUAAAAAUCAUGUUAAUUAAUUGCAACAUUUAUUUUUAAUAGCUUUGCCUCUUUUGCAGAUUAAGAAAUUCCUAAAUUAUAAAUUAUGCCACAAAACAAAAUUAUAUUUGGUAUCACCAUGAACUUCUCUCCUGAACUGGGAGAACAGCUUUUUUACUGUUUGACCUGUGAACCUAUAUCAGUAGGUUUUUACUUUAGUAAACUGUUAUGGGGUAAGAGUGAGUGGUUGCCUCACCUCAAAAGUGUCAUUUUCUUUGCUAGGCUGUUCUCACAACCCACUAGAAUCAUCAUUAGGUAACUGUAUUCCCAGAAAAUGCAUUUUGUCUCCAGUGUGCAUCAACUGAAGACUGUGGCAGAGCCACACUUGGACCUCUCCUUAUCGGCUCUUCUUUGCCAGGGAGAGGAGAGUCAGGAGUAGUCAAUUUGGACUGUUACUGGCUAUGUGUCCCUAUAUUAGCUGCUGAAAAUUGUUUAGUUGUCAAAACUGAGUUUGCAGUAGGUUGCACCUUUUAUUGUUUGCAAUUUUCUGUUUUAUGUGCAUUUAAAAGCCCUUCUUUGCUUUCGAGUGAGGAGGCAUGAAGUGAUCAGGAAUGUUGCCAGUUACAGCUUCACGCCAAAAAUAUUGAGUAAGUUCCCUUUUGUUUAGAUGCCCAUGAUGGCUGCUGAAGGAAGGACAGUCUUAGAGAUACUGAUAACAGAGUGAAUGAGCAGCAUAGCACACUUCCCUUCUGUUUCAGGGCAGACAGCCACGCCUAUCAUUUGCUUCUUUCUAGCUUUUGUGAGCCCCCUGUUGGGAGAUUGUCUGUCUCUAAGCCCAGAGGUGUUUGUCCACUUUGUCACAACUCUAGUUGCUGAAACAAUUCUAGUCUCUCAAUAGUAGGUGGGUAUUAAUAUACAAAGAAAAAUUCAGCAUCUUUUAUAAUGCUUAUAUGAAAUCAUAGCACUUAUGGUAAGGCAAUACUGGAAUCAAACACAAACCCUACACAGGUCCUAAUGGGGUGAAGCUAGUUUUAGUGUAGUGUUCAGUACGCGAGAGACAGUAACAAAGAAGGCUCCCUCUGUCUCUGCAGGUUUCUGGGACCAUUUAUAAAGGCCAGUUCAUUGUGUUACUGUGAUUUACCUUGGAAGUUGCUGCAGUUAAUGACUGCAUAUGUGCUCUGAGGAUAUGAAUGUCAGCAACUGUAAUCUCUGGUGCCUGAAAGGAAGAUGGGCUUUCUCUCCUUUAAUUGUUAAUGUUAUUUUAGUAAUAAUACUCAAGACACUGUUUUUUUUUCUUCUGUAGAAAUGGCUUAGCAAUUUUCACACCUGGGUAGGUUACACAGCUAGGGAACAAUUCAGGACAGUAAGUGGCAGUUACAGGUAGCCCAGCAAGUGAUACACUAUGCAAUGGACAAAUCUUGUAGUUACCAUCACAUUGCUGAAAAGCAAAGGUGAUUUUUCUCUAGUGAGCCUAUUGUAUGAGGAAUUCCUGCUUAGAAAUGGCAGCAGUUCCCUGUUGGCAGGUAGUGUGGUCUGAUGCCCCUCUAUGAGAAGAGUAUGGUUUGAUGAGAGGCAGAUAGUCAUCGGAGAGGGAGUUGAGAAGUGAUCAUUUUAUAUUGUCAAAUAACUAUUUAUAAGUUUAAUCUCUUAAAGUAAACCAGACUCUCGCCUGAAGGUCGGGGAAUCAUUCCCUCUGCGAGUCACACUAAAACUCUUCCAAAGCUCGUUCUCAGUCCAUGCUCACAGUCCACACAGCAGAGUUAGUUCUCUGUUAGGGAGGGGCCAUGUCCCUGCUGACACAGGCAUCCUGAGUGUUGCCUUUCUUUGCCCUGAAAGAACAGUUUUCUGUUGGCUUGUCGCAUGGCUUCUUAGAAGUUGGCACUAGAGUUGAGUCACACUGAGGUGACCCUUACAGUGUGUUCCUUCAGCUCUGCAUCCUGGGUGGCGUGGGUGGGUGGGUGGUUGUGGGUGGGCUUCAUCUGCAGUGACUGUCUAAAACCACUGCCUUCUUCUAGUGCAGUUCUCAGCAUGGCUCUGCAUUGUUUUGACAUUGCAGAGUGGGAUUGAGGAUAUUAACACUAAACUGUUUAAUAGGUUUGGAGUUCAUUACAAUUUUAAAGUAUUUACUUUUUAGUCUCCUUUUUAGACUUAAAAAAAUUAAACUCGAUUCUUUAUCUGACAUGUGUAGGAUAAUCUAGUACAGUGAUUUGUUGAAUGGUCAACACAACUCUGCAGUGUAAUGAGGAAACUUAGAAACAUAUUUGAAAGAGAAUUUAGUCGGAGUGAAUCAAUGUUCUCUUGUAUUUUUUUUCCUCUGCUGCUACCCACAUUGGUCUAUGGAUUCUUCAUGUCAAAAUUAUCUCAUGGGAGACAGUCACUCAUGAAGAUAUACUGUUUUCCCCCUUUCAACAAAUAAAAAAAUAACUGACUCUUCCCUGAAAUUCAUUAAAAAAGAAAAAUAAUGACUUAAUAUUUUGGCUUAUUUAAGCUUUCUUAUGUUAUUAUAUUCUUGUGGAAACCAAAAUCACACUUUAACUAAAACCGUAUUUUAAAUGCAAUUUUUCAAAAUUUGUAUAAUAUGGUGUCUGUGAAAAGCAGAGGCAGGUAUCUGCUGGCCAGUGAGUUAGGAAGGACAUUUCUGCCUCUUGUGAUCCAGUGUCAUGGAUGCUGCGGCUGUGGGUAAAUGUAGGAGCCUGUGGGUUUUCACUCCAGUCUUUAUCCUUGGCUAGCUUCCCCUCCGCACUGUGGAAAGGAGCAAGUAAAGGAGAUGUGGCAUUUCAGAGAUUGUCGUGACUCCAUUUACCCCGUGCUCCUGAGUAUCAGGAACGCUCUGAGUGGUUUGAAGAGCAGAUCCGGCAUGACCUUUGGCUGACCUAAGUUAGUCUGAGAAGCAGCCCUCUGAGAUAAAGGCUCUAGGAUCUUCUUUUGUUGGUUUCAUUGUUCUUCUUAUGUGUUUGUUUGUUUGUUUGCUUUUUAAGCUGGGGACCACUGACCUAUCUCUAUAUGCACCCCAAGUUCCCCAUGGGAAAUGUUUCAACAUGCAGGGCGGAAGGCACCAGUACAGCUCAAGGCCACACCGUCACUUUCCUUGGGGACUUAGACUGUUUGCCCCAGAUUGACUCCAGCCUGUAUCGUGUAGUACAGGCGGCUCCCGCGGGUCAGUGCUGACUCGGUGGAGAGCUUGACACCUGCUGACAGUGUGUGCCUCUGUUCCAAAGGGUUGAAUCAGUUCCUCUCAACGGUGAUAGCUCUUCUCACUGUCUAGUGUGGAGUAUGUCUCAGGGAUUCCUUGCGGAAAUUAGGGCAGUUUUUAAAAUAAGAAACUAGUUUUAAAAGAAACUAAAGGUGACUCCUCAUUGAUGAGAGCUCCAGAGAGAGAAGUGUUUGCUCUCACAGCCCCGUGGUGUCGCGCCGAGGACUUCUUUCUACGUCAGCUCUCAUCUCAGCUUCAGCAUACAGAAUCCUUUCCCAUCAUGCACAGCUUUAAAACUUUUAUUUAAAAACUUCCUUCCCCAAUGAGCUUUCAGAAUACUUAUUGUAGAUUUUAAGAGAAAAGGUAUAUUAAUUUAUGCUAUUAACAUCACCUCAUAAAUUAUAAGUUUUAUACUAAAGCUGUAUUGAGUGUAAUGAAUUAUGUUGCCUAUGUGUUUUAAUAGCUUAAAAUUAUAUAUGAGCUUCUUUUUAUUUUUAUUUUUAUUUUUUGACAAAANGAACUAGUGACGCACCUUUUUACACUGGAUCUCUGCCGUGUCAAGGUGUAUAGCUGUCCUUUGCUACCUUGCAGAUAUAUAAAGAAAAGGAUAACCUGGGGCCUCAAAAUGUAGAACACCCUUAGACCAUUUAUUAUUGUUCAUAGAGCUGUUGAGAAUCAUGUUCUUUAGCACAUGAUCUGUGGUUUACACUUAAGAUGGCUAGACACUUAGUUACAGGGUAAAUAGAAGCAAAUAGAUCAAGUAAGACCCCACUACUGUAGCUGGAAUUUGUAAACUUAAGUUUUUAAGACCUCUUUUAUUUCCUAUGAAUUUAUUCUUUAAUUUGCAGUUUAUUCUGUAAGUUGAGAGGUAAAAUAGAGAAAUUAAUAAAUCUAAAUGUUCUCAGUGUCUCAUUCAGGAACGUUUUACCCCCCUCCUCACUAAGGAAUUCCCACUGUGACUUAAAAAUAGAGGUAAAUUACUUGUGUGCAUGUAUGUGUCUGUGUUUUUACACACAUGCAAAAAUAUACAUUGGGGGCACGUGUGUGAGAGAUGAAUGUGUGCUUGUAUAAAAAUAGAAAGGUAACCGAAUGUAUUAUAGAGAUAAUGAUUUAUUUAGCUGAGGGUACUAGAGUUAUUUUCCCAUUGUUUCUAUUUUAUAAACAUGCCAUAUUCUUUGCUAUAUUAUGUUCAAAGGCUAGCUCUGACAUCAUGUGCAUUUCCUAUUAACCUUUGAAUUAACUUAUGCUGUUUUUAAAGUGACAUGAGAAAAAAGCAGAUUCUAAGACCAGCCUCGUAGUUAUAAACAUAAAAAUGAGAGAGAGAGAGAGGGAGAGAGAGAGAGAGGGAGAGAGAGAGAGAAAGAGAAAGAAGAGAGAGAGAAAAAAGAAACAGAUCUAGAUAGGUAACAGCUCAUUUAUCUUUUGAAGUGAUGGGACCAGAGAUUUAUUGAAACAUUAUGUCUAGUAAAUUUUCUUCAUAUUCCAAGUAAUAAAGUAAUAUGUUUUCUUGGUCAAGUUCAGAAAACAUAGGCCUUGAUGAGGAAGCUUUGAAGGGGCUGCUUGUUUAAAGAGUUGGUGGGCUCAUUUCCCUAUGUAUAUUUCAAAGCUGGUAUGAUUUCAGUUGUUUGCAAAAUAUGUUUUGAAACUGAAUUGUGCCAUUGGUCGUGGAGUGGGGCAGCCCAGCUCCACCCUCUUGACUGUGGGAAAAAUCCCGCUACCUUCAGUGCUUACCUGAGUCAUGCGGAACUCAAAAGAAAGACACAUUCCUGUCCUGGGAGCUUUGUCAGUUGCUGUGCACUCUUUCCUGGAGCACCUGGUGAUCGGAGACAGGCAACGAGAGCCAAGUGCUCCAGCACACUUACUCUACUAUGAAAGCUCUAUACUUAGAUACGCACGCCAGAACAACUCCCAGGAACACACUUGAAUUGGCAGUUGUCUCUGGAGCCUCAGUUACUUCAUCUUAGGUUCAGACAAAACCCAGGAAAGCUCUCCAUGUUGUUUUUUACACUUGUGUUUUUGUAGCAUCUCCCUGUUUCAUUUAUUCUUGCUUUCAGAUUUUAACAAAUCUGCAUAUUUCUUGUACAUAUGCAUGCAAAUGAAAGAAGGGAGUUUGUAGUGAUGCCAUUUCUCCCUUCAGUUGCUGGUUAAUGGAAUUUGCUAGAAUCAAUUCCCCCUUAUUGAAGGGUGAGAACAGACCCUUUGUUUAUAUCUGUACAGAGAUGUGUAUAUGGGAUGUGGUGGCACUUUGCUGAAUGUGAACUUGCCUUGUCAAUGGAAAGAUUGAAAAAGUAUUAUGUUUAUUUAUACAUUUGUAUAAAUCUAUAUAUACACGUAUGUAUAUGUGUGUGUAUAGAUAAAGCUAUAUACAUAUAUUCCCUAAAAAUGUGUGUGUAUAAUAGAUUAACAGCCUUUGCUAAGCAAGAUUAUGCAUCUGUGGGAAAUUCUGGGUUAUUCGGCAAGCCAGUGAAGCCAGUGGAAACGACGACGACGACAGUGUAGAGAACAUUAAGCACGCUGAAGUGGGAAUCCUGUGGAUUACAGUCACAAUGACAGAUUACAGUGGUCACAAAUGAAUCUUUGAACUCUUCUUUCACAGAUUUUUGCUAGGUAUUCUCUCAUUACUUAACAAUCACACAUCUUUGCCAAGUUGUCUGUUGUCCAAGUGCUGGGCAUGUGUAGAGCCACGCUCCUGAGGGUGGCCUUCUGGGCAUGUGUGGAGCCACGCCCCAACCGCGAUGUUCCCCUUUUCCUAUUUAGUUCUCUUACUAGACACCUUGGCGUGAAUAUCUCAGCUGUCACUCACAGGCCUUAUCAAGGACAUUUCCCCCACAGUAUACUGCUUUCAGUAAUAUUUUCUCUUAAGAAUUGGGUAGUUAUCAAAAAUAAAAAGCCAACAUUCAAACAGUUAAUUUUCAAUUUUUUAACUUAGGUAACUUUGGAGUAUUUUACUUACAUUGAAAAAAACAUAAAUUAUGACUUUAUGAUUGAUAUUAGUAUUAGGUAUAUUUUCACACUUAUCAUUUAAAAAGUUUGAUUUGCUUUGUGUUUUAAAUAUAAAUUUACCACCUGAAUUUUAACGAAGUAUAUACAGAGUCACAUGGAAGCCUCUUGAGUUCUACAACUGACUCAUGUUUCUCAUGAUGAAAUGCUCUAAUGCAUUCUUAUGUAAUGAAUUCUGCUAGAUUUCCUUUUGACUUUUCUCACAGGUGUGACAUUCAUUUAACUCCGCUGCAGCUCUCUAGAAAACUUGCACCCUUUUAUAUCGUGCCUUUAAAGCUCUUAUGCACACACAGAUAGAAGUGUAUAUAUACAUGCUGGCGCAUGUGUACAUACACUUUGGUAUAUACUCACACAGUAUGUCUCCAGGAUAUAUUGUGGGAGUGGACAUAGAGAUAUUCAAAAGCAAUGAAAUGUUGCUCUCUAGAUAUAUGUAUAUAAAUAGUGUUGAUAUAACUGUACAUACACGUGUAUAUGUAUGAGUUCUAUGGCAAUCUUUUACAUUUAGCAAAAUGCUGCCCUACUGGAAUAUCGCCACUGCAGUGGCACUUGUAUGUAAUGAUUUAAAAGACAUUAUCAAGAAUUAUUUAAAGAACAUUAAAGGUCUCAUCUAAAGACAGCCACAUACUAUUUAUUUAGCUUCCUAUUCCUUUGAUUGUUGUGUCUGUAUAACUGUAAGGGAGACUGUCAUUUUAAAUCACCACCCAUGGGGUGCUUUGUAUCCAUCCCCUCUCUGAAACAGUGACGAACCACAAUCCAGUUUGUUUAUCUCAGUUUUAAAGCAGUCCUAGUAUUGCCAUUGGUGUGUGUCAUCCACCAUGUCCUUGAUCAACUUAAUUCACCAAUUUGCCUCUUCCUUUCAUUAAUAAAUAAUGAUCAUUUCGAUCAUUUUGCCUGGGGGAAGCUAACUCCUUUCUUGCUGCAGGGAAAUAGAUCAUCUAGUUGUUGUUCUGCCUUGUUCCAAAUUCACCAUGGAAAGAAGAUGGUUCUCAUAAUGCUGUCUUAGGCAUAGUUUAUUUCCCAUUUAUUUAAACAUCUUACUUUUUUUUUUUUGUUUUUUGAAAGCACUCUUAAGUUGCACGUACUCGGCACAGCUUUCAUUCCCACCACCCUUCCCCACAAGAUAUCUUCUUAUUGGUCCAUCAGUUUUCCAUACCAAAUGCAAGAACAUCAAGACAAAACUGUUAACUGCUGUUGCUGUCUGUGAGGAGCUGGCAGCAGGUUACACCUGGAGAACUGAGGGAGAGAAAGGUAGCAGGGCAACCCUGAGCCUUCCUGAGGAAACAUUUCACAGAAUAGCUCACUGGGAACGAUGUCAGAACUGGCCUUUAACAGAAAGCACUAACUAACCAGCUGCCCAAGGGUAAACUGAAACCAGGUUGCAGUGGGAAAUCAGGGGUGGGAGGUAGCCAUUGGAAACCAGGAAAGGGCAGGCAGGCUGGACAGUCUAAAACAUCUUUUAACAAAGUAACUGCAUGGUAGCAAGGACUAGCAGUCCGCAUUCUCAUCCACCUUGGCACACUGUAUGCUCCAUAUGCCAUACAUUCAGGACAUAGGCAGGAGGACAGCUGCUUAAAGGGGACUUACAAACCAAGCACCUUCUCUCGUGUGCGUCAUGGCUGCCACUCAGUUCCAGGCAUGUACACCGGGGGGGCAACUCGUUUCUGCAGAGUACAAGGAGGCUGGCAGGCUUUGGAGAGGCCUACCCUAGGCGUUGCCUGUGGUUUUGGUGGGAGGACACAUCUGGGGAGAUGGCUGGGCUUUUGGUUUGUGAUUUCCCUUUAAACAGGAAGAGAUGGUUCACAUUUUCCAUAUAUAUAUCUCAAUGAAUGUACUGUAUUACUGUUUUAAAAAUUUGAUGAAAUAAUAAUGGAUUGGUCUCCUUUUGUUAUCUGGUCUUUGUUUAAUUUGUUUAAGGGUUUUUGUAUACAAAAGUUUACAUUUUUAUGUAUAUUUUUCUUGUGUAAAAACUGAUGUAAUAUGUGUAUAAAACACUUGUAUGUAUUAUCUGUAUAUAGUGUGACAAAAUGAUUUUUCUUUCUUUCUUUUGGAUGUAUUAAUAAAUCUUGCUGUGAAGU